CGUCCGUAUUAUGGUUUCUUGGAGAGAGGGGCAGGGCCGGAGGGACCGUCUCUUCCCUUUUUAAAUCCCUGUCCUUCUUUCUCUCUUUCUACGAACGAAGUCGAUGAUGGAGUCGGCCAUUGUUUCUUGUCAUGAUUCCACGAUCCAAGAAAUCGGCAUCGAAAGGACCCUCUACCCAUAUGUAACUGGUACGUCAGUGUUAGGCAUGAAAUAUAAAGAUGGAGUUCUCUUGGCUGCUGAUUUGGGAGGUUCUUAUGGAUCUACACUUCGUUACAAAAGUGUGGAGCGGAUAAAACCUAUUGGCAAACAUUCUCUUCUUGGUGCUAGUGGGGAAAUCAGUGAUUUCCAGGAGAUUUUACGUUACCUUGAUGAGCUUAUUUUAUAUGACAACAUGUGGGACGAUGGAAACUCUUUAGGACCCAAAGAAGUCCAUAACUAUCUGAAUCGCCUGAUGUACAACAGGCGCAACAAAUUUAAUCCUUUGUGGAAUUCACUUGUUCUUGGUGGAGUGAAAAAUGGACAGAAGUAUCUUGGCAUGGUUGGCAUGAUUGGUACACAUUUUGAGGAUAAUCAUGUCGCUACUGGAUUUGGAAAUCAUCUUGCUCGGCCAAUUCUUCGAGAUGAAUGGCGUGAAGAUAUGAGCUUUGAAGAGGCUGUGAAGCUACUGGAGAAAUGUCUACGUGUGCUUUUGUAUCGUGAUAGGUCAUCUAUUAACAAGUUUCAGAUAGCUAAAAUCACAGAAGAGGGGGUGACUAUUUUUCCACCUUACUCCUUGAAGACCUUCUGGGCUUUUUCUGCCUUUAAAAAUCCAACAAAGGGUGCUGAAGGCUCAUGGUAGCUGCAUUCAUCCUGUGUGGGAGCUGCUUUUCUUGUGUUGUGAUUCAGAUAUUUAAUUGUGUUGAAGGAUGAAGUAGCAUAUAAGAGGCAAUAUUUGUUUAUUGGCUGAAAUUUGAAACUGGUUUUGGCACCAUUGAAACUGAUAUUCCUCAACGCAUUUUAUGAUGAUACAUCAUCUGUGUGUAAGAAUCGACUUUGAACCUCCC